AUGUCCACCAGUAUCAAGCUCGACAGCAUGUCAGCCUCCCAAUGGACCCCGACAACAAAAAUAACAACAAGAUCAACAACACGCACUGCCAUCAUCAUCCUUGGCAGCAUCCUAAUCGACUGGCUCCCCACACUCCUCCAUUUUGCCCUUUACUGCUCCGCCUUUGCCGGCAUCGUAUACGCUACGUAUACACAGCUGGAAAUACAGGAUAGCCCCUUCUACGUCUACGUCCUCACGCAUCUCUACGUUGGUAGUGGUAGUAGCAGCAGUAGUAACAUACCGCUUGCCGCCACCGCCGUCCGACCGGUGGCGUAUUUCGCCGCUUUUGCACUACUGUGGAACCUGGGCUGGCUUACGCGGGGAGUUGCCGGGUGGGUGGUGGAGGAAUCUGGGUAUGGGAUGUAUAGGGAUUUGUUCUUUGGGUGGGUAGAGAGGGAGAAGGAGAGAGAGCAUGAGCGUGGCCGUAGGCUGAAUGAAGAAGUGAUUAGACUUGUGAAUGAGUCGCUGGUGCGGCAGAAUAGGAGGUGGGAGCGCUUUGCAAGGGCUUAUAUAAGGGCUGGUGUUGAGCGGAGGAGGGGGUUGAAGAGGAGUGGCAUCAUGGUCAUGGUUGAUCAGGGGCCGUGGAUGAGCAAGGGUUCUGUGGUGUUGGGUUUGGCGGUAGAUGAAGAUAGGGGUGCUGAGACAGCGAGAGAUGAGAGGGUGAGAUCAACGACUCUGCAAGUCGUAAAUGCGUCUGCGGAGGUUGCGGGAGCAUCUUCACCGAAGAAUCAGGAAGAUCGCCCAUCGGCCUCGAACGACUCUAACUCUACCACCUGCAGGACAUCAAGUCUUGCAGAAGUCCCAGAGAUUACUAAAAUCUCUUCUGUCUCUUCUCCUUCCGCCAUUCGCGACUUGAUGCCGUGGGACGAUAAAGCACCAGGGCCGGUAUCAAGUCCUGAAGUUUACCACCUCCCGAAAAGCUCACCUAUCGUCGGGACGGAAGCUCCAAGACACCAGGAAGUAUCUCCGGAAAUGCCAUCGAAGCUAGACAGUACUGAGCCUGAAGGACCACCUGUUUCUAAACAAACCUCGGACGGCUCACUGAACUUGAACGUCCAGGAAAAGACACCUAUUCAAGAUCAAUCCUCGCUACCAAAAUCAACACCAGGCCCAGAGUCCACUACACAGCUGAUUCCCUCACAGCCGUCCACUCCAGGCCAAGGUCGAUCAGCGAGUCUUGACGUUACUACCCCUGACGCUACGUCCUUGCCAGAUCCAACAUCAAGCCGAGACAUAGCAACACCUCGCGUCGACACCCGCUCCAUCACUAUUUGUUCCCCGUCAUCUUCAGGGGGUCUCAAAACUCAAGACAUAAAAACAGGCAUAAACGUAAAGCAAGCCGCAUCAAUCAUCGACCUCGGCGGACGACCGGAAGACAUCCGCUGCUCCCCAAGACCCCACAGACCAACGUCCACAAUCGCUGAAGCCUCGGACGAAGGCUCCCUUUCUCUACACAGCCUGGAAUCUAGACGUACCACUGACACGCCCUCCAUCGACCCUAGCAGCCCGACAUCGCCAACCUCCACCAUCACUGCCCCCACUCCCACUCCCACUCCCACCUACAGAAACGCCAAUCCCUCCCCACCAUCCCUCCAUCCAGGACCAUCAGGAAUCGAACACCCCGAAUCCUCCCUCCUUGGCCGUCUCCGCCGCUCCGUCUCGCAGCGCUCCUUGCAAACACCGCGCUUGACGCUAUCUGCGCGCAGCGCCAGACUGCAUAGAGCGCGCUCGGCGCAGUUCCAUAAUGGUUCUGAUACGCCUAUGCCUGCGUUCAUGCCUAUGUCCGCGUAUACAUCCACGCCUAUGUUUGCGUCUGCGUCUAGACACAUCCGUUCGUCGUCAAGCCCACCCAGUACCCCCAAGCCUAAGCCUAAACGUAGUCUGAGAGAUAGACUGCGUGCUCUCGCCAAUACGACGACGACAACGACACCGUCAAAGAUUGAGGCCAAGGCUGAUACGUUGGACGCUCACGAUACUGCUACGCCUUUAGCGAGUCCAUCCCCGGCCCCUGCCACAGCAAGCACAAGCACCGACUUCCCUACAGCACCUAUUCCCCCGACUCCCGAAACGACGAUGAUGGCGAAUCCUGCAACUCCCGUAACGGCAACAAUGAUAGUGGCAGAUGCGUUUCCUUCCUCUCCACCUGCGCCGCCUUCACUACCACACACGCCACGUAUCCUCAUAACCCGCGCAUCCAACCCCGCGUCUGGAUCCCCACGAUCUAGUUUUUCCUCCGGCGCAGACGAUGAUGUAGCGUCGUCAUCGUCGCCGUAUUCAUUGCUUGAGGAGAAGUUUUUACCUGUUGUGGUGCGUCGUGAUGGAGAGGGAAAGGGAAAGGGAAAGGGGAAGGGAAAGGAUGAGGCCAGGAAGGACGUUGGGGGCAAGUGAUGGGUGGAAGGGCAUAGAGCGCGGAGAAAGGC